AUGUCGGCCGCCGAGGGGACCGGCGGUCCCGGUGGUGGUGGUGGUUUUGGCGCUUACCAGCAGUACUACUGCCACGAGUGUGAGCGGCCGGUGCUCCAGCCGAGGCCGCCGCCGUUGUCCGACGUCGCCUGCCCGCUCUGCUACAGCGGAUUCUUGGAGGAGCAUGAGCCAGGUGAUCCGUAUCCCGAGUCUGAUCCUUUCUGGCCACAGACGGGCAGGGAAAUACUCAUCUGGUUCCGGAUCCUCGUGAACCGCCUCGGCCCCCGCGCCCCCGCCAUCUCAAGGCUCCGGGAAGUGUUUCACCGGCGAGAUAGCGGCGACUGGGUGGCGCCGCCGGCGGCGAGAUCGGCCGUGGAGGCGCUGCCGGACGUGGAGGUCGCGGCGGCGGCGCCGUGCGCUAUCUGCAAGGAGACGCUCGAGGCCGGGGACACCGCGAAGGAGAUGCCAUGCGGACACGCUUACCAUGCCGGCUGCCUCCUCCCCUGGCUCGACCUCCACAACACCUGCCCUACCUGCCGGUACGAGCUCCCCACCGAUGAUCGAGACGACGAUUUUUUCAAUGAGAUCUUGAGGCGGAUGGAUCCCGCCUACCGCCGCCACCUCCGCCGGGAUGAGGACACAAAUUACUAUCCCGCGCGGAAUCAAGAAGAUUCAGGGCAGGAGAUCCGGCAGGAGGAGAACAACGACGGCGCACCAGAGUGA